AUGGAGAAGAACAGAGACAAGCUCACCGAGAACGAGGCGGUCCACGCCGAUGCCUCCAACUUCGCCAAGGGCGUAACCAAGGUGGAAGCGUACGAGCAGGUCCUCCUCCACGCCGAAGGUCUUUUCCACGAACAGCGAAACUGGUACCUACUCUCUCUCUCUGUGACCUUUAUCAACCUCUCCAACGCGGCCUCCCUCCUCUGGCACGCGCUGCACUCCCUCGCUGCGCCGAGCAACGCCGUCAACUGGGCGGGCUUCUACGUCCUGGACCCGCUGGCACCGGGCCAGCUCAUCCUCGGCCCGUUCCAGGGCAAGGUGGCGUGUCAGACGAUCCGGUUCGGGCGCGGCGUGUGCGGCGCCGCGGCGGCGACGGCCGAGACGCAGCUCGUGCGGGACGUCGACGCGUUCCCGGGCCACAUUGCCUGCGACGGCGACAGCAAGAGCGAGAUUGUCGUGCCCAUUGUUGCCCAGGGGGGCAAGGUCGUGGCCAUUAUCGACAUUGACUGCGCUGUGCUCGACGGCUUCGACGAGGUCGACCAGCAGUGGCUCGAGAAGCUGGCGGCGUUGCUGGCUGAGGGUUGUGACUGGUGA